AUGCCUUCUCCCUCGCCAAUCGAAUCGACUUGGCGCUCAAAGAAGCAAAACAGCCGACCUGCUCCCCUACCUAUCGACCCGUGGAAUCCACCACCUCUAUUGCCGCCAUCGCUUCGAGCUCCGCCUCCUAGAAGAGGAAGAGGGGCGCACAGGUACCCCGCCUCGGCCUACACGCAUCACGAUCAGGUGCCCCGCGCUUCGCGUUUCGCGGGCAAUGUGGAUGCGCUGUGGUCGAGCUUCAACUUGGCGGGAACGGCUUCGGAGCACUGGGAAGAGGUCAGUGUGGAGAAGCGCGAGGUUGGGGAAGCUUGUGCGCUGGAGACGUGGAUCAAGAUGGAUAAGCUGAGAAGCGAGGGAAGGCUACCCGAACAGAGGGCCAGUGCGGCCUCGCUUAGACCGGCCAAGGAACCUGACCGAUCAGACAACGCUUGGUCUACAAUCGUCGGCAAUGUGCCAAAUGUGGCGGCAAAGUGGAGAGUGGAGACGAGGGGUAGGAUGCAGCUUGCGCGUAGGGUCGCCAGACUUGUGCAGGCUUAUUGGGACGAAAAGUUGGGCACGGGAGAGAGGCAGGUCAAGGCGGAAGAGAGGAGGAUCAAGAUGCUGGCCAAGUGGACGUCGAGGGAGGUGGGCAGGCAGUGGAAGUUGGCCCAGUCGGUUGUGCGGGCUAAAAGGGACAAGGAGGCAAAGGAAGAGAGGGACAGAUUGGGCAGACGUCAAUUGAGAAACAUCUUGGAGGAAAGCGCUCAGAGGUUGAGGAGGCAGCAAUCCGCUUUGGACCUUCAGGCUGCUCAAUCGGAUCUGGAUAGCAGCGAAGGGGAGAACAGCAACGCUUUAUUGGAGGAGGAGGAGGAGGAGGAGGAAUCGCUGGAGUCGGACGAUUAUGGAACGAUGAGCGAUGCGAGCGCUGCAUCUCUUCGUGAAGGUGCGUCGGGCAGCGAUAGCGAAGAGUCCGAGCUGGAGGCUCAGGAAGACGAAGAAGAGGCAGAUUCGGACACCUCCAAGGUGAACGGUGUCAAUGGACGACACGCAGCGACGGCGCGUCAUGAUGACCAGAGCGCUGCUUCCACUAGCAAAGUCGCUCUGCGCCGUUCUUUUGGCGAGCCGAUGCCAAAGGCGUCGCCAAGCCAGAGCUCUGAAUCGGAUGCGGUCGAAGACGCUAGCGAUGCGGACCGACCUCAAGACUUCCACUCUCAGGACGACCACGUUCAGACGGAGGAUGCAGAAUUGGAGGCUGCCAUGUGGGCUCAGGACGAGAGCGACUCGGAGGAAGACGAUGGGUUGGCGGCGGACGCCGACAUGCCGCUCGAGGAGCUCUUGAAAAGGUACAAGUCGGAUGGCGUCGGAACGAUGCAGGAGGCUCCGCCUCUCAUCGAAGAGAUUGGCUUCGCUAAUGACGAUAGCGACACGGGCUCCGUCGGCCGAUCUUCUAGCCCGCCUGGCGAAAGCGACAGCAAAAGUCCUGCCGAAGCGGGCAGCGAGACGAACGGUAGUGUCAUAUCGCCCGCACCUCGCUCUCGCUCGCCCACUGGCGCUUCUUCCGCUGCUCCUUCGACUCUCAGCGGACCGAAUCCCAGCGCUUACAGGAUCAAGCCUCCUUUUCUCUUGCGCGGCAAUCUUCGACCUUAUCAGCAGAUUGGCUUUGAAUGGCUCGCUAGCCUCUAUGCCAACAAUGCAAACGGUAUUCUAGCCGAUGAAAUGGGACUGGGCAAGACGAUCCAGACGAUUUCCCUCCUGGCUCACCUGGCUUGCGACAAGGGCGUUUGGGGCCCGCACCUCGUCGUUGCACCUACCAGCGUCAUGCUCAAUUGGGAAGUCGAGUUCAAAAAGUUCUUGCCCGGCUUCAAGAUCCUCUCCUACUAUGGAAAUCAAAAGGAGCGCAAAGAGAAGCGAAAAGGGUGGAACACUGUGGACAGCUUCAAUGUCUGCAUCACAAGCUACCAGCUCGUCCUAGCGGAUCAGCACAUCUUUAGACGCAAGCCUUGGGUCUACCUCGUUCUUGACGAAGCUCACCACAUCAAGAACUUUCGUUCCCAACGGUGGCAGACCCUGCUCGGCUUCAACACGCAGAGACGCCUGCUGCUGACGGGCACGCCGCUACAAAAUAAUCUCAUGGACUUGUGGAGCUUAAUGUACUUUCUCAUGCCGCCUGGCAUGGCGGAGACCGGAGCUGCGUUUGCAAGCAUGAAAGAUUUUCAAGCUUGGUUCUCCAACCCGCUCGACAAGGCCGUAGAGAGCGGAGAGCGCAUGAACGGAGAGAUGAGGGAGAUGGUGCAGAAGUUGCACACCCUCCUGAGACCUUAUCUGCUGCGCCGACUCAAAAAGGACGUGGAAAAGGAACUGCCUAGCAAGGUCGAGCACGUCGUCUAUUGUCGAUUGUCAAAAAGGCAGCGCUUCUUGUACAACGACUUCAUGUCUAGGACAAAGACGAGGGAGAGCCUGGCCAGUGGCAAUUACCUCAGCGUCAUCAACGUCCUCAUGCAACUAAGAAAAGUGUGCAAUCACCCCGACCUGUUCGAGGAACGACCAAUCGUCACUAGCUUUGCAAUGCAUCGAUCCGCAGUGGCCGACUACGAAAUCAAAGAGAUGCUCGUUCGUCGCGAGCUCUUGCAAGGAGGUCAAGACGAAGCGAUAAGUCUGCAAGCACUCGGCCUAAACUUGACCAGCAACGAGCACCUGUCGCCAAUAUACACCCGCGAUCUCGCACGAUUGGACGCUUCUGGAAAGCUGCCAUUCGUGGGCAAAGCUGUGCCCGACAAGGAGCCGCUGGACACGUACACCGUGGAAGGACUGCGACGUGGCCUGCAGCAGCAUGCCCAUGCGGAGGAAAUGCUGAAAUUUCAGCACAACAGCUACAUCAAUGCUUUUCGCUGCUCCAGGAAGCCCUACUACGGCGAGGGAUUGAUGCGGAUAGCAGGACUGCUCGGCAACCAGCAGCGCUUCUUGCCGUUUGGUCUCGCGGCGCAGGAAACCCGCAAAUAUCUUUCUCGUUGCGAUGCAGCUCACCGGCUCUUUGUGCCGCUCGAAACGAGACGAGGGGCGUUGCAAGACUAUAUUGAUCGCUUCGCCUUUGUUACGCCACGCGCUGUAGCGACGGAUAUGCCUCGCUGGGCUCUGCCAGGCCUAUCCUAUGACAAGUGCCCUCCCGAGCUCUUAUCAUCCAGCUUCGACACGCUUCACGAGCCGGCGGUCAAGCUCAACAUUGCGUUUCCCGAUGCGUCAUUGCUGCAGUAUGACUGCGGAAAGCUUCAACAGCUGGACGUCUUGAUGCGCAAGUUCAAAGCUGCUGGCGAACGCGUCUUGAUCUUUACGCAAAUGACGCGCGUGCUCGACAUUCUCGAAACGUUUCUCAACUGGCGAGGCUAUCGAUACUUUCGUCUGGAUGGGGCAACAAAGAUCGAACAGCGCCAGGUGCUGACGGAGAGGUUCAACAGGGAUACACGCAUCUCUGCUUUCAUCUUGUCGACGCGCACAGGAGGUCUUGGCUUGAAUCUCACCGGUGCAUCCAACGUUUGCUUCUUCGACUUGGACUGGAGCAACGCCAGCAUGAGCCAGGCGAUCGACAGAGCUCAUAGGAUCGGACAGCAACGCGAUGUGCACAUCUAUUCGCUCGUGUCCGAGCACACCGUCGAGGAGAACAUGCUGAGAAGAGUACGCCAAAAGCGUCAAUUGGACGACCUGGUUGUCCAGGAAGGCGACUUCACCACGGACCACCUUGCUCGCAUUCAGUGGAGAGAUUUGUUGGACGAUGGAGGUACCACGCUGGCUGGUGUACAGGUUGGAGCUGCUGUUGCCGAGGAAGGACAGGGGCAAGCCCGAACAUCCGUUGAGGCCCAAGGCGGAAAGGACGACGAGAGGGCUUUCUUGGCUGUGGAGGACGAGGAAGAUGCUAGAGCUGCCCGGGCAACCAGAAACGAGAUGAACCUCUCGAUCGACUUUGCAGAAGAAGAAGCUCCAUCCGCACGUCGUGAUGGUGUGGAGGGCACAUCCUCUGCCACUGCUGCUGGACUAGGCGAUGAGCCUCAGCAUGCGGAUGAACAAGCAGACGAAGAGUUGGAAGGCACCGUAGACGAUUACAUGCUCAAAUGGGUCGAGCAAGACUGGGAAUACUUUUCUGCAGUCAAAUUUUUGUAA